AUAAGGCAUAAUGCACACUCCACAAUAAACACAAUUCAGUAGCCUUCUUUUUUUUUAUUUAUUGUUUAGCGUUGCAUUUCCCAAGCCUCUCUCUCUCUCUCCCCUUAAGAGUCAUUAAAGUUGCAGUAAGAUGAAAUUCUCGGUACAAUCACAACUGUUGAUUGUAUUGGCUACGCUAACGCUAUUAGCAGUUGCAUCUCCAACAAAAGAAGCAACUACUGCAAGACGAAGAAGUGUUGCGCAUAUUAUUCACAAUAAUAAAAAAUCCUUGGAAAUUGAAUAUGAAUUACCAACAAAAACAUAUCACUACUUUUCAAAAAUGAAGAGAGAUGUCGUUGAUCUACACAACACAGGCGGAAAGACCACUACCACCACUACAACAAGAACACCGACAAGUACAGCAACUCAUAAACCUUCACCGACUACAGCACCAUCUUCUGAUCCCGAGGAUAUUUAUGGCGGUAAAGGUAUUACGCCGCAAAACGGCGUUGCAGGCGCAUUUUUGAUUGUCUUGGGUCUCUAUUUGAUGAUUUUUGGCUUUCGAUCGUUUAGAAUUACGCUGGCUGUUUGCGGUUUCUUGACAUUCGCGUUGAUAACCUGGGUAGCCAUGGCAAAUAAUCAGCCUUACUAUGGAUAUAUCAACAAUAAUAUCACAAUGAUUGCUGUUCCUGCUGGUUUAGGUAUUCUCGGCGCUAUCAUUUAUGCUAUCUUUUGGAAUAUAUCUAUUUACCUCAUUGGAGCCAUGAGUGGUUUUACACUCGCAUUAUACAUUAUGUGUUGCAAAGAGAACUUACUUAUCACGCCAGUGGUGGCAAGGGCGGCAUUCUUAGUAGCACUUCCUUUCUUCAUGUCACUCAUCACUUUCUUUGUAGAGCGCUAUGUUCUUCUGUUCACAUUUGCAUUCGUCGGAUCGUAUUGCUUCGUCGUUGGCAUCGAAUUCCUUGCUCACACUGGCUACUUGGCGGGUAUCAAAUCCAUUUUGGAUGGCAAUGCUUACCAUCGUGUUGUCUAUGUCAUCUCAAGAAACGUCAUUAUCGUGAUUGCUUUCAUUCCUAUCAUCUUCUUGAUCUCUUUCGCUUGGCAAUAUUUGUACAAUAGAGGACAGAAGUUUGGUGUCAUCUUUGUCGUUCCUCCUUCACAGCCUGAAAAAGGCAAGAAAGGUGGCGGCCAAGAAAAGCCUCCAUUUGCAGCAGGUGACCCUGGACCCGUAGAUAAGCAUGAACCUCAUAUCGAGGUGGACACACAUGUUAAGGUGGAUGGUCACGAAGUAUAGAUAGACUCAAUUAAAAUAUGAACCGUUCCUCCACCGUUUCCCAUUCCUUGUUAAGUCCAACAUUAUAUAUAUGUCAUGUAUACAGAAGUUAUAUACCAUUAAAAGACAAUAAACCCCAUCUAUCAUCUGUACUUGGGUCUUUUCUUUCGCAAUAGCUCCUGAUACAGGACAAAAAAACAAUACCGCUUGCACUCCAAUAGACGGUGCUCAAAAAAAAAAAAAAAAGAAAUAUCAAUCCAAGCUUGAUGGUUUUUGUACGAGAAAGUGUUACUAUU